ACGACCACUCAGAAUCAUCACAGGAACAAAGAUUCGUGAAUUUAGCAAGUUAAUUAUGACACGUGCGACGCUUGAUCAUAUUGUUAUCCUUGUCUCCCACCAUACACUGCUCGCCUUGCCACAAAGGCUUGCACCGUAUCUCACAGUGAGCGAAGGUGGACGCCAUGCAGAUGGUCUAACGUGGAACCAUCUUGUUCUUUUUGAAGAUGGCGUAUAUAUCGAGUUGAUAGCCUUCUUUGAUGGUAUUGAUCAGGAGAAGAGGCACCGACACAGAUGGGGCCAAUUGCCCGAAGGGACCAUCAUCGACUGGGCAUGCAGUCUGCCCGAAGAGCGCCAGUUUGGGGACGUACAGAAGCGUGUUACGGAUACAAGUGCGGGUUACUCAUUUACCGACCCAGCACCAGGUGGGCGAGUCACUCCGGAUGGGACCGUUUUGAAAUGGGCCAUAGGGGCACCGAUCGACGAAACUGGGCAAGGGACGCACCCUGGAAUACUGCCAUUUUGGUGCCUUGAUAGAACCCCGCGACGAUUAAGAGUUCCCUAUGAGGGCAAUGUUGCGGCAACGACUCACCCGUGCGGAGCUCAGGGCGUGUCCAGGCUGGUUAUUACAGCGCCAAACCAGCAAGUAGACGCGCUGCGCAAGGUAUACUCUGCAAUCGAUCCUCCCAAGGGGACACACGAAUCGAAUACGGAUUGGAGCUUUGCUGUACCGUCUGGUUCAGGGGCUGGGAAACACAGCCUGGUUUUGCAGAGCGGGAACGCGGUCGAGAUUAAAUUGGCGCUUGCUGGUCGCUCUGGUAGCCCGUCCUUUAUUGAGCUGCUCCCAGGGCUGGUGCUUAAGAUUGAUCGAACAUCUUAGUGUCUGGGAUAGGUGAAUAUGAAUUGUAUUUAUUACAAUCCUAGAUGCAUAUAUGCAGACGCGAAGGGCUUGGAUGCUGCUGUGGCAUUAUGGUGGGCAUUACGCAUGACGUCGUGACGGAGACACGUUACCCUGUAGCCAUAGUCACUCCGCGCGGAACGUGACCAAGAUGGAAUUUCACCAGAAAAGGGCGUCCAAGUGUGGCGUAUAAUUAUUCAAGAUGGUAUAGUAGUCACUAUUUUUUAUUGUAUUGUCAUUAUGGUGGUUUGCGUUUGUAUCGUGGUGAUUCGGAGUUUAUGCUAGUGGUCCUCAUUGGAUAGCCAAGGCGGGGAGAGGAUACCGUCACCGUACUAACCUGAUGCCGUUGAUAUAAGUAUAUUCUUCUCGUCUCGGCUACGAUUACAAAACGGCAUCAAAUACACUUAGCACUGCCGGGGUUGGAAGUAGAAACAGACCAAAUGCCGUUGCAGUUGGGCACCACGAGGCCAGCCGAUCUUUCUCAGACGGGAGGCAUGUUUGCAAAAGUGCCCCAAUGCAACGUACGCGUGGACAGGCAUCGGCAAGAAGAGAACCGGUUGGGCGAGCAGAAGCUGGCCCGUGCAGAAUAUUAUGGCAGAUGCGUUUGUAUUUUACGGUUGCAACAGUAAUUUAUUAUUAGCAUGACUCCAAGGGGGGAGGGUCCAGCCGUUUCGCUCCAAGCCGGCCCUACGAGGUCGGACGCGCCAUCGGUUCGCAUGAGAUUGUAGCGCGCGCCGCACUAUCCGGCGGGCCAGGGAGGCGUUUUGGGCUGAUUGUAGCUGCGGCGAUUUUUUUUUGCUCAUGUGCGGUUGAAUCGAUAUCAGUCUGGAUAUAACUUUGUGUAGUGUGUCAUUUUUUUUCUGAUCAGGAAAACGCCAAGCUGAGUGCGCGAUCUAAUCUGGGAAUGCCGUUUCUUGGCAGUCAAGAGUCGGCUCCGACUCCAGCACAUGGCAGCAGCACCGCCAGCAGCUGGGGGCGCGGGGACAGCGUCCCAUUGCAAGGCAAUGUUCACACACGGCGUUUUUCGGCCAAAACGGCCAGUGCAGACUGGCAGAUCAUUAUCCUCCUCUGGCUGUGGGAGAGUUCCCGCGUUUGCCGGUGCAGCAAGGCCGAAGCUAUGCAAGCCAGCAGCAGACAAGCCCAAUUCGUUUGAGACGAGUGUAAAUUACGCCCUCUAUAAACAGCAGGGUGCAAAGGCGCGCCAGGGAUGAAACCGAAUUACUGCUCCGCUUGCCUGCCUGCCUGCUUGCCUGCCUGCCUGCUUGCCUUGGCCUGCCUUACCGGAUUUAUUCACUCUUGCGUGAGAAGGAGAGCCCUGACUUUGGUUUUGACGCACGCUAGCUGAUGGGCUCAGGCUGGCUCGGAAGACGGCACGUACGUGGCUUACCAGGGCGAGGGGGGGAGCACGAUGCGGCUCAAGAGGCACCGUACACGCUUACGGCUGACCUACAGUGUGCUAUGAAUAGGCUAAAUACGAUUGGCGAGAACAAACACACACAAAAAAAAGGGAUGAGAAAAAGCGCACUAAAAGAUGAUAUAUUCCAAAGGGGUAUGUUAGAAAAGCAGAAGAAGAUGAGUCGACGGAUGUUGUGCAUGCAGACUUGCCGUCCACUUGGGCGUGCUUGAUGCGCAGUGGUCGGGCCUAUCCCCCGAUCGGCCAAACUGUUUCGCCCAGCGUUGCAUCGGCGGGCGAGGUUGCAGAUGGCGACGCCGCUGGACCGGUUUGCAGCUGUUUGCUGAACCAGGGGAUUGCGGAUUGGAGGAGCGAUAAGGGAGCGGUGUCGGGCAGCAUGUUUGUGUGCUAUAUGCCUGCAGGUGCGUAUCUGAUAUCGACAGUUUGGUACAUGCACUCCAACCUGCGGCAAUGGCAAGCUGAGCUUUCGCUGGAUUACAAAUUACUCUACGCACAUUGUUGGGGCAAUCCAGUUCAGUAGGCUGAGUGUAUGUAUGCACCACUGGGAAAAAAGAGAAGCUUCUGUGGAGAUACCGGUACAAAGCAAGGGGCGGAUGCUGAAAACUGCCGCGGAGAACGGAGCGGUUGUCGAUGCCGCAGCUGUUAUUCCCGGGACGGACAUGCUAUCACUGACUGGCGUGACUUGUCCAUCUGUCAGUAGGGCAGUUGUCUGUCUGUUUCAGCGCAUAUCUAGUGCGUAUUCAGCGUUAGUAGAACCCCUACAGCUUAGCCUUCAGUGGGGUGAAGCAGUGGUCCCAUCGUAACGGGGUACAUAUGUGGAAUCAGACCAGCAGUUAGAACCCCUCUGGAGGAAUCCACACACGAAGUGGGAUGCAAAAAAAGAAGAGGACCAGUUGACUAUAUUCUCCAGGCUUUUUUUGAUUUACACCAGUAUUUUCCUUUUGUGCCAGUAUUUUCUUCCUCAGCCGGUUAUUUCAUACAUCACUAGAAAAUGCACAUGCCCGGGCCGCCGCCGCCUGUGUGUUGACAAAGUCUGGCCACCAACUCGGAUAGUCGGCAGGCUGCCCAAUCGGCUCCUCCCGCAUAGCACGGCAUUCCGCCUUUUCUCUCAGCGAACCAGCCCGUGUACCCUCCAGGUACCCUCUGCACACCCACAGGGCUGCCGCUCCACCUAUUUUGGGGUCUAAAGGUACCUGCUGGGCACAACCCCUGGCUGCCGCGACCAGAGCCCACACCUGCUUUACGAUGCCGAAUAUCCGUCCGUACCAUCUGCAGCACCACAAACUCAGUGUAGUGGCAGCGGCCAGCCAGCAGCAGCCAACUGUAGCAAGCAGCAUUCAGCGCUUUCGCUUCUCUCUCUUCCUCUCAACAUUCUUUCUUUUCUUCUUCUUUUUUGAACCCGUUGUUUCUGCUGGUGGACGUUUCAGGCUCAUUUCUCAACACUCCUGCCAUUUAUUUUGCCCGUCUCGCCGGCUUCUUUAUUCCUCGACUCCCCCGCCUCUCACCACUCAAGUCCGCCCGCCCGCACCCCCAUCACCACUGCUGGUACUGCAACUGACUGCUGCUACACCACCUCUCGAUACGAUUUCCCUUCUAUUCUACAACUUUCCUUCUCGCUGAUCGAAUAUCAAAAGGCAUACGAUUUUUUGCGUCUGCUGCCGCUGUCGAAUUCUUCUUUGAUCGUCGCCCCGUCAUGUUAUAGCCGGCUGCGUGAAACAGCGCCAAACGUACAGCAUACUCGCCGCAGCAACACUGAAACACCCAGACGGCAUCCCUUUGCUUUGCAAAACUCACCACCCUUCGGUUUUGCACAUUUUCUCUCCUGCCGACAAAAACAUCACCAAACGAACCUCCUGUAAAAACCCUACUCGCUCGGUCAACUGCUGUGGUCGUUCCUCGCCAUACAAAUGCCUGGUCGCAUGGUCGCAGAUAUGGAGCAAUUGACCGUCACCACAGCCAUGAUUGGCCUCUUGGCUGUGGGCGGCAAGACCAUCGAGGCCCUCUGGGAGCUUAAUGCCGUCCUCCGCAAAUCUACAGAAACCAUCAACAGAGCCUUGCAAGAGGCCAAACAGUGCAGAUCGUCUGUCCACAUCCUGUACAAGUCCCUUAUGCUGCUGGAAUCUCAGCGGCUCAGCUUCCCCGAGCGUGGCGCAUGGAUCGAGAUGGACGAUCUCAUCGCCACCUUGACCGACACCGUCCUUGCAUUUUCCGAUAUCCAAGGCCUCUGUGACGACAUUGAUGACAUGCUUGUUGCCACGUCCGACUACGAAGCUAUUCUCAAGCAGUACGAGCCCAAGAUGACCAACCUCUGCGCUCGUCUGCGCUGGAACAGCGUGUCCAUGACCAUGAUGAUGACGAUCCUCAAAUGCCCUGGAACCGACGAUGCCGAAAACAGUCGUGCGAGCCUCGAGGCCCGAGUGCAGCGGUUGCUGUCGUCCAACAUCGAGAUCGCCUCCCGCCUUCGAUUACUCGACCACCUCUUCGAGAUCCGAGGUGAUACACGCUACGUGCUGGUGUCACAGCCCGACACGGUAGACCAUUCUACCCGCGUUAUUCGUCACACUGCUGUUUCGCAGGACAUUGCGCCGUCUAGACCCUCAUCGUGGUCAGUCUUGUCGGGCUACACCCUUGCCGACAUACCCUCCUUCGCCAUUAUUCCCCUACCAGUGGAUGUGAUUGAUGUGAGAGACGGCAACGAAUUCUACACAUAUGAAUAUGCUCGCAGGGUCAGUCGCGAUCUUGACGAGCUGAUGCAGGAUGCUGCCGGGCAAGGCACCAGCAAGACGCUCGGUGUCAUCCUGGGAAAGCCCAUUAUGGGCAUUGAGCCACCCAUUCAGGCUCAAAUCCCACCGCGCAAGCAGACGCCUACUAUUGUUGUCCCCGCCGCGCCUACGGGCAAGAAGAAGCGCCGUUGGCGAUGACUAUUAGUGAGGGCUUGACCUGCUUGCCGGGCCCUGCCCUCAAGAACGACACGCUUGGCCACAUGCGUAAAGAAAUGAUGACGACACAAGAUGACAACGGAGCGAUGGGAAUUAUUUUUGGAAGCGAGAGUGCGUAGAGGGGAAGAAAGCGACUGGGUUUGCAAUAUACCAUCACAACCACCACAGCAUAGCGUUUUAGGAGGAGAAGUCGACUGUUCAACUUUUUUUUUUGGCCGCGGCUCUUUUCUAUUUUAUACAUAUUUUCUUACUAUUUAGUAUUGGAUUCAUGCGCGGGAGAAUCUGGCGUUUUCUAUUUUUACUACUACCAGCUAUCAUAUCUACGUUACCUUGUAUUUUGAACACUGAUUAAAACCAUACAUUUCGAACUUUCUUUCUGUUCGUGAACAAACAAAGAACUUUGCUCUGCCUUCUCCCCAUGCUCACUCCAUGUGUUAUAUUCUUCUUUCCCUUCUUGGCCGACUGGAUCCACGGGAUUGGCAGCAAGGAGCGAUGAUGACAUGACAGGGUCAAGAGAUCCCCAGGCCCAAUCCCGGCUUGGC